CGCACGGCUCUACUCAUAGAGUAAAGCCCCGGCGGAUUAAAAUAUAUUCAGUAUUACAAUUCGAUUCACUCAUUUCCUAUAAGACGGAUUUUCGGUUGCAGUCUGUUUGAGAAGCAUUGACUUGGGGGGCUGGCGCACGGCUGACAGUUUUUGUUACCACAACAUUUACUAACUUGGAUAUACUUUGGAUUUUCAUUCAUGGAUUUCUUUAACGGCUCAAAUGUUACUGUCAGUGGCACAAAUUCGACAGCAGUUGAAGUUGGGGCCCUUCACUGCAGUGCCAUCCUCCCUGUCAUCUUCGGAAUCAUCUGUUUUUUGGGUAUCAUAGGAAACUGUAUUGUCAUGUACACCAUUAUGAAGAGGACAAAGUGUCGUGCUAACCAAACUGUUCCCGACAUUUUUAUCCUAAAUUUGUCAAUUGUUGAUCUCCUGUUUCUUCUUGGGAUGCCAUUCCUCAUUCACCAGUUGCUGGGUAACGGUACCUGGCACUUUGGAGCAGCUAUGUGUACGGUCAUAACUGCGCUUGACUCCAACAGCCAGAUUGUCAGUACUUACAUCCUCACUGCGAUGACUCUCGAUCGUUACUUGGCUACAGUCCAUCCCAUCCGCUUCAAUUAUGUCCGUACUCCCUGUGUGGCUGCACUAGUCAUUGGACUAGUAUGGGGACUGUCCUUACUCACCAUCAUCCCUGUGUGGAUGUACGCAGGUUUAAUGUCUCUCCCAGAUGGCCUGGCAGCCUGCGCUCUCCUUCUACCUGAUCCAGUUACUGAUACAUACUGGUUUACACUUUACCAGUUUUUCUUGGCCUUUGCGAUACCCUUGGCCAUUAUCUGCCUGGUGUUCUUCAAGAUCCUCCAACACAUGUCCACAAGUGUAGCACCACUGCCUCUGCGGAGUUUGAGGGUGCGCACCAGGAAGGUGACCCGCAUGGCAGUGGCCAUCUGCCUGGCUUUCUUCAUCUGCUGGGCUCCUUACUACAUUCUCCAACUCGUCCACCUGGGGGUGCAGAGGCCAAGCAUAGCUUUCUCCUAUGCCUACAAUAUUGCCAUUAGCAUGGGCUACGCUAACAGUGUCAUCAAUCCAUUCCUGUACAUUAUCCUCAGUGAGACCUUCAAAAGGCAGUUUCUCAGGGCUGUGCGCCCACUUAACAAAAAGUUCAGGGUGAACCCAAGCACCACAGAUGGCGGCAGCUUGAUUGUGAGGAUGGUACCUGAGGAGGCCCAACAGAUGCCAGCUUCAGGGGAGAUGAUACCAUGCAAUGCAACCCCACAAUGA